UUUUCCGUAAGCAAAUUCCCGUGAACAAUAUCUACUCACUGCAGCAGUUUAUUAACACUACCAGUUUAGUUUUCAAACGGAGAGAAAGUCGGUCCCCCCAUCCCAUCUGGGCCCCUUUCCUGUUUGACGUUUGCUCCGCCGAUAAUUAAUAUAUAAAUAAUAUUUUUACCUUUUAGUUUUUUGCGAUGUAUUUAUGUAUUAAUUUAUCUCUCUUUUGUUUGUUUUGUCCGUCUAAACCUGAGCAGCCACGUCAUUCCCGAAGAUCGAUUUCUUCGAACUGCCGUUUCCUUUUUAGAUCCCACUGGUAAAAUCUUCGGUUCCUUCGCUACUCCCAUUGAUUUCGGUUCCCUUCCUAAACAAUCGUAUCCACGUUCUGGAUCGUGUGUUGCACUUUUCCACGAGACUGAUCCUUCAAACAUGUCCGGCCCGCUCGAUCGUUUCGCAAGGCCUUGUUUUGAAGGUAUUGUUUGUAAUGAUGAAAGGAAAGACAGGAAAUCGGAUUUCGAAGUCUCUGAAGAUGACAGGAGGACUAGAAUCGGGAAUUUAAAGAAGAAAGCGAUAAAGGCAUCGAGUAAGUUUAAACGUUCUCUUAAGAAGAAGAGUAGUAGGAGGAAAAGUGGUCUCUCUGUUUCGAUUAAGGACUUUCGUGAUAUCGAGGAGCUGCAGACUGUUGAUGCUUUCCGUCAGGCAUUAAUAGCCGAGCAGUUGCUUCCUGCUAGGCAUGACGAUUAUCAUAUGCUACUGAGAUUCUUGAAAGCAAGGAAGUUCGACAUCGAAAAAGCAAAGCACAUGUGGGAUAAUAUGAUCCAAUGGAGGAAAGACUUUGGUACUGAUACUAUUUUGGAGGAUUUUGAGUUCAGUGAGUUGAAUGAAGUGUUGAAGUACUACCCUCAAGGUUAUCAUGGGGUGGAUAAGGAAGGAAGACCGGUUUACAUUGAAUUGCUAGGAAAAGUUGAACCUGACAAGCUCAUGCGAGUCACAACUUUGGAACGAUAUGUAAGAUACCAUGUGCAGGAAUUUGAGAAGUGUUUUGCUAUUAAGUUUCCGGCUUGCUCCAUUGCUGCGAAGAGACACAUAGAUUCAAGUACAACUAUUUUGGAUGUUCAAGGCAUGGGAUAUAAAAACUUUACCAAGACUGCACAAGAUCUUGUGAGGCGGCUGCAGAAGAUUGAUGGUGAUAACUACCCUGAGACUCUUUACCGUAUGUUCAUCAUUAACGCUGGUCCGGGUUUUAAAAUGGGCCUGAAAGCUGUCAAAUCUUUUCUUGAUUCUAAAACAGCUAGUAAGAUCAAUGUUCUGGGUAGCAACUACCAGAAUAAGUUGCUUGAAAUUAUUGAAGCAAGUGAGUUGCCGCAAUUUCUUGGAGGUAGCUGCAUUUGUUCUGACCAGGGAGGUUGUAUGAGAUCAGACAAAGGUCCCUGGAAAGACCCCAACAUAUUAAAGAUGAUUGCCAGUGGUGAAGCACUAUUUCCCAGACAGAUUGUAACAGUUUCAAACAGUGAGGGAAGGGUAAUUGCCUAUGAUAAGCCAUGUUAUCCUUUGAUAAAGAGUAGUGACACAUCUACUGCUGAGUCAGGAUCUGAAGUGGAAGAACUUGCUUCCCCUAAGAAAACUAGAAGCUAUUUACAUCCAAUAUUGGCUCCCGUUAGUGAAGAGGCUAGAAUGGCUGGCAAGGUGAUCUGUGGUGGUGGUUCGUCUGAGUAUGGUGAGUAUGUUCCCAUGAUUGACAAGGUUGUAGAUUUGGAAUGUGAGAAACAAGUGUCACGUCAAACUCUAUAUACUUCUGAAGGGACUCCUCUGCUGCUGGAAAGGCAAACUCCAAAAGGAAUCUAUGGUCGUAUCAUUGCUAUAGUUGUUGCCUUCUUGACUUUUUUAACAUUUAUCCAAACAAUGGCAUUGAAUCUGAUGAAAAAGAAGAGUUCAACUGAUUUAACAUGUAGCAUUCCUGAGCAGCAUAUUGAACCAACGUACAAGGAGGAAACUCGUCCACCUUCUCCUGCUCCAAGGUUUACUGAGGCAGACGUCCUGUCAUCUGUUGUAAGAAGGCUGGGUGAUCUAGAAGAGAAGAUUGAGAUGCUGCAAUCAAAACGAUUUGAGAUGCCUCAUGAGAAAGAGGAGUUGUUGAAUGCUGCUAUGUAUCGUGUGGAAAUGCUAGAAGCAGAACUAAUUGCUACAAAGAAGGCUCUCCAUGAAGCUAUAAUUCGGCAGGACGAACUCCUUGCACGCAUACAAAGUGAAGUAGUAGUCAAACCUGGGAGAAGGAAGCUGUUUUGCUGGUGCAAAUGAGAAUGAGAUGUAUGUACCGAAAAGAAUCGAUCAAAUGUUCAAUAAUAUUUGUGGUGUGUGUAUGCAUGCAUAUUGAAGAUGGAUAGAAAGCUUUGUUGGGGUGAUAUAUCAGAUUAUCAGAGUCGAAGGGAAAUGAGGUGUAAAUAAAAAUACCAAACAGAAGCGUGUAACAGUGUCAUUAGGACCGGCUGGUUUUGCAGUGGUGAAUGGAUAUUUUUUUUGUUGGGUUAGUGCACAUUUUAAUGUAGUAUAAAAUGUUGUUUUGUUUUGUAACACAAAUAUUUUGUGUUAUUGUUUGUGUUAUAUCUUUUUGUUCAUUGUGUUUAUGCUAUAUAUACAUAUCAGGUUUAAAGAAUUA